CGCGCGCCCGGGCGGGCCGCUGGCUGGGAAGAUGGCGGCGGAAGCCCGGGCCAGGGCCGCGGCGGAGCGGGCCCCGGGUGUCCCGGGUGCGCGGCCCAGGGCCGGCGCCGGGCCAUGAGCGCGCCGCCCUCGAGUCCCCGAGCCGCGGAGCCCGCCCGCGCCCCUCGGGCCGCCCCGCGCCUCUCGCCAUGGCGCGGCUCGCGGACUACUUCGUGCUGGUGGCGUUCGGGCCGCACCCGCGCGGGAGUGGGGAAGGCCAGGGCCAGAUCCUGCAACGCUUCCCAGAGAAGGACUGGGAGGACAACCCCUUCCCCCAGGGCAUUGAGCUGUUUUGUCAGCCCAGUGGGUGGCAGUUGUGCCCUGAGAGGAACCCACCGACCUUCUUUGUUGCCGUCCUCACUGACAUCAACUCUGAGAGGCACUAUUGCGCUUGCUUGACCUUCUGGGAGCCAGUGGAGCCCACACAGGAAGCGGUGUGCACCACGGAGGAUGCCAUGGAGAGGGAGGAGGAGGCAGAUGAGGGAGGCCGGGUGCGGCUGCUGACUGCAGCACCAGCCCAGGCUGGCCAGCUCUUCGCUCCAAAGACCCUGGUGCUGGUAUCACGACUGGACCAUACGGAGGUGUUCAGGAAUAGCCUUGGUCUCAUCUAUGCCAUCCACGUGGAGGGCCUGAACGUGUGCCUGGAGAAUGUGAUUGGGAACCUACUGACGUGCACCGUCCCUCUGGCUGGUGGAUCACAGAGAACCAUCUCUUUGGGGGCCGGUGACCGGCAGGUCAUUCAGACCCCACUGGCUGACUCACUACCUGUCAGCCGUUGCAGUGUGGCCCUGCUUUUUCGCCAGCUGGGCAUCACCAAUGUGCUGUCUUUGUUCUGUGCUGCCCUCACGGAGCACAAGGUCCUCUUCCUGUCCCGGAGCUACCAGCGGCUUGCAGAUGCCUGCAGGGGCCUCCUGGCACUGCUGUUCCCUCUUCGAUACAGCUUCACUUAUGUGCCCAUCCUGCCGGCACAGCUGCUGGAGGUCCUUAGCACACCCACACCCUUCAUCAUUGGGGUCAACGCAGCCUUCCAGGCGGAGACCCAGGAGCUGCUGGAUGUGAUUGUUGCUGAUCUUGAUGGAGGGACAGUGACUGUCCCUGAGUGUGUGCACAUUCCACCCCUGCCGGAGCCAUUACAGAGCCAGACCCACAAUGUUCUGAGCAUGGUCCUGGAUCCAGAGCUGGAACUUGCCGACCUUGCCUUCCCCCCACCUACAACGUCCUCGUCCUCCCUGAAGAUGCAGGACAAGGAGCUCCGAGCCGUCUUUCUUCGGCUUUUUGCUCAGCUCCUGCAGGGCUACCGAUGGUGCCUGCACAUUGUGCGCAUCCACCCAGAGCCUGUCAUCCGCUUUCAUAAGGCAGCUUUCUUGGGCCAGCGUGGGCUAGUGGAAGAUGAUUUCCUGAUGAAGGUGCUGGAGGGCAUGGCCUUUGCAGGCUUUGUGUCGGAGCGUGGGGUUCCCUACCGCCCCACGGACCUAUUUGAUGAGCUGGUGGCCCAUGAGGUGGCACGGAUGCGAGCAGAUGAAAACAACCCCCAGCGGGUUCUGCGUCACGUUCAGGAAUUGGCAGAGCAGCUCUAUAAGAAUGAGAACCCAUAUCCAGCUGUGGCGAUGCACAAGGUGCAUCGGCCAGGUGAGGCCAGUCACCUGCGGCGGGUACCCCGACCCUUCCGGCUGAACGAAGGCACCGUGCAGUGGAUUGUGGACCAGGCUGCAGCCAAGAUGCAGGGUGCACCCCCAGCUGUGAAGGCCGAGAGGAGGACCACUGUGCCCUCAGGGCCCCCCAUGACUGCCAUACUAGAGCGGUGCAGCGGGCCACACGUCAACAGUGCCCGCCGGCUGGAAGUGGUGCGAAACUGCAUCUCCUACGUGUUUGAAGGGAAGAUGCUUGAGGCCAAGAAGCUGCUUCCAGCCGUACUCAGGGCUCUGAAGGGGCGAGCUGCCCGCCGCUGCCUGGCCCAGGAACUGCACCUGCAUGUGCAGCAGAACCGGGCGGUCCUGGACCACCAGCAGUUCGAUUUUGUCGUCCGGAUGAUGAAUUGCUGCCUGCAGGACUGCACCUCCCUGGAUGAACACGGCAUCGCGGCUGCCCUGCUGCCCCUUGUUACAGCCUUCUGCCGGAAGCUGAGCCCAGGUGUGACGCAGUUUGCCUACAGCUGCGUGCAGGAGCACGUGGUGUGGAGCACCCCGCAGUUCUGGGAGGCCAUGUUCUAUGGAGAUGUACAGACCCACAUCCGUGCCCUCUACCUGGAGCCUUCUGAGGACCAGGCUCCCUCCCAGGAGGCUGGGGAGGCGCCAUCCCAGGAGGACCAGCGCUCUGCCCUGGACGUGGCUUCGGAACAGCGGCGCUUGUGGCCCACCUUGAGUCGUGAGAAGCAGCAGGAGCUGGUGCAGAAGGAGGAGAGCACAGUGUUCAGCCAGGCUAUCCACUACGCCAACCGCAUGAGCUACCUCUUGUUGCCUCUGGACAGCAGCAAGAGCCGCCUUUUGCGGGAGCGGGCAGGGCUGGGUGACCUGGAGAGUGCCAGCAACAGCCUGGUCACCAACAGCAUGGCCGGCAGUGUGGCUGAGAGCUAUGACACAGAGAGUGGCUUUGAGGAUGCAGAGACCUGCGACGUGGCUGGGGCCGUGGUCCGCUUUAUCAACCGCUUUGUGGACAAGGUCUGCACAGAGAGCGGCGUCACCAGUGACCAUCUCAAAGGGCUGCAUGUCAUGGUGCCAGACAUCGUCCAGAUGCACAUUGAGACCCUGGAGGCCGUGCACCGUGAGAGCAAGAGGCUGCCCCCCAUCCAGAAGCCUAAGCUGCUGCGGCCACGCCUCUUGCCUGGUGAGGAGUGUCUCCUGGAUGGUCUUCGCGUGUACCUGCUGCCCGACGGGCGUGAGGAGGGCGCAGGUGGCAGUGCAGGGGGCCCUGCACUGCUCCCAGCUGAGGGUGCUGUCUUCCUCACCACAUACCGAGUCAUCUUCACAGGGAUGCCCACUGACCCACUGGUCGGGGAACAGGUGGUGGUCCGCUCCUUCCCGGUGGCUGCACUGACCAAGGAGAAGCGCAUUAGUGUCCAAACCCCUGUGGACCAGCUCCUGCAGGAUGGCCUGCAGCUUCGCUCCUGCACGUUCCAGCUGCUGAAGAUGGCCUUUGACGAGGAGGUGGGGUCUGACAGCGCUGAGCUCUUCCGCAAGCAGCUGCAUAAGCUGCGGUACCCGUCAGACAUAAGGGACACCUUUGCUUUCACCCUGGGCUCCUCCCACACAUCUGGCCGGCCAUCCAGGGUUACCAAGGACAAGAGUCCUUCUUUCAGAACCUUUUCCCGGAACCUGGUUAAGAAUGCCAAGAAGACCAUGGGGCGGCAGUAUGUCACUCGGAAGAAGUACAACCCCCCGGGCUGGGAGCAUCGGGGCCAGCCACCCCCUGAGGACCAGGAGGAUGAGAUCUCGGUGUCAGAGGAGCUGGAGCCCAGCACACUGACCCCAUCUUCAGCCCUGAAGCCCUCCGACCGCAUGACCAUGAGCAGUCUGGUGGAGAGAGCAUGUUGCCGUGACUACCAGCGCCUUGGCCUUGGCACCCUGAGCAGCAGUCUGAGCCGGGCCAAGUCUGAGCCCUUCCGCAUCUCCCCAGUCAACCGCAUGUACGCCAUCUGCCGCAGCUAUCCAGGGCUGCUGAUCGUUCCCCAGAGCAUCCAGGACAAUGCCCUACAGCGUGUGUCCCGCUGCUACCGCCAAAACCGCUUCCCUGUGGUCUGCUGGCGCAGCGGGCGCUCCAAGGCUGUGCUGCUGCGUUCCGGCGGCCUGCACGGCAAGGGUGUGGUUGGCCUCUUCAAGGCCCAGAACGCACCUUCUCCAGGCCAGUCCCAGGCAGACUCCAGCAGCUUGGAGCAGGAGAAGUACCUGCAGGCCGUGGUCGGCUCCAUGCCCCGCUACGCUGACGCAUCAGGACGAAACACACUUAGUGGCUUCUCCUCAGCCCAUAUGGGCAGUCACGUGCCCAGCCCCAGAGCCAGGGUCACCACGCUGUCCAACCCCAUGGCGGCCUCGGCCUCCAGAUGGACUGCGCCCCGAGGUAAGCGGGGCAGCGUCCGGGCUAGUGGGCGCAGUGGUGGGCUCGGAGCCGACGUGGGCUCCCGGCUAGCUGGCAGAGAUGUCCUGAGCCCCCCACAGGCCAACGGUGCCCCCCCUGACCCAGGCUUCCUGCGGCCCCAGCGUGCAGCUCUUUAUAUCAUUGGGGACAAAGCUCAGCUCAAGGGUGUGCGGCCAGACCCGCUCCAGCAGUGGGAGCUGGUGCCCAUCGAGGUGUUUGAGGCAAGGCAGGUGAAGGCUAGCUUCAAGAAGCUGCUUAAGGCCUGCGUCCCGGGCUGUCCUGCUACCGAACCUGGCCCAGCUUCCUUCCUGCGCUCGCUAGAGGACUCGGAAUGGCUGAUCCAGAUUCACAAGCUGCUGCAGAUAUCGGUGCUGGUGGUGGAGCUCCUGGACUCGGGCUCCUCUGUCCUGGUGAGCCUGGAGGACGGCUGGGACAUCACUACCCAGGUGGUGUCCCUGGUGCAGCUGCUCUCAGACCCCUUCUACCGCACGCUGGAGGGCUUCCGCCUGCUGGUGGAGAAGGAGUGGCUGUCUUUUGGUCAUCGGUUCAGCCACCGCGGGGCUCACACCCUAGCAGGGCAGAGCAGUGGCCUCACUCCCGUCUUCCUGCAGUUCCUAGACUGUGUGUACCAGGUCCACCUACAGUUCCCCAUGGAGUUUGAGUUCAGCCAGUUCUACCUCAAGUUCCUCGGUUACCACCAUGCGUCUCGCCGUUUCCGGACCUUCCUGCUUGACUCUGACUAUGAGCGCAUCGAGCUGGGGCUGCUGUAUGAGGAGAAGGGCGAGCGCAGGGGCCAGCUGGCGUGCAGGUCCGUGUGGGAGUACGUGGAGCGACUGAGCAAGAGGACCCCCGUGUUCUACAACUACAUGUACGCCCCUGAGGACACAGAGGUCCUGCGGCCCUACAGCAACGUGUCCAACCUGAAGGUGUGGGACUUCUACACUGAGGAGACGCUGUCUGAGGGGCCCCCCUACGACUGGGAGCUGGCCCAGGGACCCCCCGAGCCCCCAGAGGAGGAACGGCCAGAUGGAGGUGCUCCUCAGAGCAGGCGCCGCGUGGUGUGGCCCUGCUAUGACAGCCGCCCUCGGGUCCAGCCCGAUGCCAUCUCACGCCUGCUGGAGGAGCUGCAGCGGCUGGAGACAGAGUUGGGUCGACCCCCAGAGCGCUGGAAGGACACCUGGGACCGGGUGAAGGCUGCACAGCGCCUCGAAGGCCGGCCAGAUGGACGUGGCACCCCCAGCUCUUUACUCGUGUCCAGCGUGCCCCACCACCGCCGCUCCCUGGGUGUGUACCUACAGGAGGGGCCUGUGGGCUCCACCCUGAGCCUCAGCCUGGACAGUGACCAGAGCAGUGGCUCGACCACAUCCAGCUCCCGCCAAGCUGCCCGCCGCAGCACCAGCACCCUGUACAGCCAGUUCCAGACGGCCGAGAGCGAAAACAGGUCCUAUGAGGGCACCCUCUACAAGAAGGGGGCCUUCAUGAAGCCCUGGAAAGCCCGCUGGUUCGUGCUGGACAAGACCAAGCACCAGCUGCGUUACUACGACCACCGAGUAGACACCGAGUGCAAGGGUGUCAUCGACCUGGCGGAGGUGGAGGCUGUUGCGCCUGGCACGCCCACCAUGGGUGCCCCUAAGACUGUGGACGAGAAGGCCUUCUUUGACGUGAAGACCACGCGUCGCGUUUACAACUUCUGUGCCCAGGAUGUACCCUCGGCCCAGCAGUGGGUGGACCGGAUCCAGAGCUGCCUGUCGGACGCCUGACCUUCCUGGCCCUGCCUGGGCUGCUCUGCUUCCAGUCGUUACAGACCACUAGGGGUGGGCAGGGCCGCCCCGGCCAUGUUUACAGCCCCGGCCCUCGACAGUAUUGAGGCCCCGAGCCCCGAGCCCCCAGCACUUGUGUGUACAGCCCCCGCCCCGCCCCGCCCCGCUCCGCCCGGCCGGCUCUAACUUAUUGUUGUGUCAUGGCUGAGUGCCGUGCCGGGACGCGGCCAUGGUACGGCCCUGUGAUGGGCCUGUAAAUAGCCCAGCCCUGCCCAGCCCUGUUGGCGUGCUGACCCCGGCCGGCCAGCCGCAGGUGAACUGUUUCUAGAACCAGAGUCUAUAUAAAGAGAGAACUAACGGCUGCUCGUGUCCUGCUCGCCCACGCCCCUAGCUAGCAGUCCCAUGCCCUGCCAGCCCUCGGCCUGCCCCGUCCCAUCCCCAGAUCCACCGGUCCCCCGCGGCGUGGGUGGGAAGUUGGCAGCUUCUCAUGGUCCUUUUUGGUGCUGGGCCCACUCACCUCAAGAGUUCAUGUCCCUGGGAGCAGCUUUGGUCUGGGAGGGUGACCUAAUGAGGAUCUUGCUUCAUGUGUGGCCCCCUUAUCCCCCAGGCCUCAGGGAUGGUCUUGGGGCUGGUGUGCCACAGAAAAGGCCCCUGUCCCUAUCUUAGCAGCUCUGGGGCAGAGUCCAGCAACCAGGAGGCUCCAGGAAAGGGGUGUAGUGAAGAGAAGGGAGGCUGGGUCCUAUGCAGAGAGUGGUCUGCGGGAGGGGCGGAGGAGAGUGGGCUCCCAGGGGUGAGGGUCCCUAGGCAGUAGGGAAGGGGAGCCGCUGGCAGAGUGAGGCUGGUGCCCAUAGGGACCUAAUGGGUCUCCGUUCUUGGGGCUCUUGCUGCUGACAUCCACCCUGCCCCUUCCCCGAGGUCCCCUCUCAGGCAUGGGGAUCUCUGCUGCUGGCCCUGUUACUCACUCCCCUGUUGACAGAGUCCCACCAGGACCAGGUUUACCUGCCACAGGAUGGGUGGGGGCCCCCCAAGGUGGGCAGAGGGAGGUGGAUGUUGCAAAGGCUGAGGCAACAUCUGAGUGACCACUUGUGUUGGGUGGUGGUCUUGGGUGGUAGCCACUGGUGGCCUGGCCCCAGGGGCUGGUGGUAGGAGACCAGCCUGUGGCUGCCGAGCCCAUGGAGCUCAUGGGUUGUGGGGGAGCUGCAGUCAGAGCAGGGAACUGACUGAAUGCACUGGCCUGCCAGUAAACCUGAGUGUGGCCAGGCCCAGGGCAGCACCUCCGGGCCGCGAGAGGACCAGGGGCUGAGGCACUGCUGGGAGAGAGCUGUGGGCCCAGAGCUGGUGGGUCCCUCUGGCUGAGUCAGGGUGGGGCCUGGGGCACCCUCGGCCUGCCUGUUGGGGGUUGAAGUGUGUGACUUGAUUCUUAGGUAACUCAAUCGCCUCUGGGGCAGAACUCCACAGCUGGCCGUGGCCUAACCACAACCCUUUGUCGAGGGCCUGGGGCAGCAAAGAUGCUGGAGGUGACCUCCCCACUCCCCUCUCCAGGCUUGCAGCUUAAGCACACGCGGGCGGGUCAGUAAGAAUGCUGUGACUUUUAUUGGGGUCAGGGGCUUGGCGUGCCCUGUCAGAUGAUCAGAACAUUAAAAAAGAAUUCAAUGUAGAAUCGCCCUGCAGACCCUUCCAGGACAGUGCAGCCCAGUCUCCAAGCCCUCAGCACCCUGCUGUGCCUGCUCUACAGGCCUGAGGUCGGCUCUUGCCAGGAUCCUGCCCACCCACCCCAGGAUGCUGGCCUGCCCUCCUGGCCCCAGGGGACACCCACCAGGCCCAGA